GCAUCCGUAUCGCAGAACAACUUCGCCGUCUUCCAACCGAGCGAAGGUCUGCUGAGUGGCGGAGACUUCGAGACAUCUUUGAAGCUUCCUCGGCCACCUGAGGGCGCCACCGAGAAGGUGUCCCUGGAGGUCCCACAUGGCAUCCGACUGGUGAGGCCUGAAUCCAAACCUGGCUGGCAAAUGAUCUUUGAUGGUACGAGUCUGAUCUUUGAGGCGCAAAAGGACACGGGGCUCGGCGCCGCAGCUCUGGAAUUUCAGCUCCACGUCGUGGCAGGCUGUGAGUUUCCCAAUGCCUCUGACGCGGUGACAAUGCCUGGAGACGGCCAUGACCGGCACCUGCUGCUGUGGCAGACGGUGCAGUACCUUCGGGCCUUCAACGGCUCACUACUGGAGCGCCGAUGGACGCAGACUUCGACAGAGGCGGAGGCAGCGCCCUUUCUGGAAGUGACUUCGGACAAGGCAUGUCGAAGUUCAGCGUCAGAGCCUGGCAUGCAAUGGCUGGGACAACACGUGCCAGCCGCGAGCCAGGUGUCCGGGCUGGAAGAGAAGGUCGUUGGUUUGGAAGAGGAUCGCACCUUUGAUGGCCACGACUUUCUGAAGCCACACGAUCACAGGAGCCGGCGCGGCGUUCAAGCCGGCAUGGCUUUCGGAAGACCCAGUCAUCAGGGUCAGACGACGACGAGCCACGUGCGUUGGCCUAUGUGGAAGGUCUUGGGCUUGCUGAGCCUAAUUAUGUUCAUCAUUGUCCUGGGGACUUUGUUGGUGGCUUUCGUGGCCAGCGCUUGGGCUCGCCUUCUGAUGUCUUCUUCCAGACAGGCGUUGCUGAAGGACGCCGCGAAAGAGAGCUGCCAUGAAGUACGAGGUCCUGAGGAAAGGCACUUAAUCGAAAGCACUGUGCUGGGAAAGCGUCGCAGCGAUGAUCGAGCUGCCCACCUCUCAUAG